UAUGCAUGUAUGUAUGUUUAUAUAGAAAUAAUAUACACAAUUUACACACAUUGGGACUGACUGCCUGAGCUAAAGCUAAACUACAAGAGAGAACUAUAGCCAGCAUUCAAUACAAUAUGCAUUCAGUUUUAGAGUUCUUGUGACAGAGCAGCAACCAACCACAAUCAGAGAGUUUUGAAGGUAACAAACGGCACGGCACGGUGUAUAUACACUCAACUCAAUUAGUCAAGUCAAUGAAAUACAACACGAAAUUUCGAUAAAAAUCUCAUUUUUCGGUGAAGAUUAAAGUGAAAAUAGAAACGAAAAUAAAUAAUAAUAAAGCUACAUAGAAGCAACAACAACGACGGAAAAAAAAGUACACCAAACAUUGUUUAACUCGGAUUCGAUGUAACACAACCAAUGAGAAUUACGUUAAGACCGCCCCUUGUCGAUGCGUCGUCGAUGACAGCGUCGGUGUGUGACGACGCUAUUAUGAUACAACGUCGAAAUAUUGUGAAUAGAAUAGUUUAGCGAAAACAAUUGUCACGACAUCAACUUUGCAACAGAGAGAAGAAGACACUGCUCAAGAAAAACUUACCGCGUUUAGAUUGUUUUCAGUGAGUUCCAAAAAAAAAAAAAAAUAUUAGAAGUAACGAAAAUGUUACGAAAAAAUUUGCAUGAAAAUUAUGUAGAAAAUGAUCGUGCGAUUAUUCAACACCGUCGUGACGCUGGCGGUAGAAAAAUUGCACGAAAAUCUGAAUCAAAAUUUAUAACAUUUUGUGCUGUGUUAAUUGCUUUGUUAUUGUUUAUUGAUGUGACCGUGGCUAAUUGGUGGCAGCUGGGUAUGCCGAAUUCGCAGCAUAGUGCAAUAGAAUUAACACCAACAGCGUACAAAGAUAAUUGCCAUCGUCUGGAGUAUCUGGUUGAGAAGCAACGAGAAUUAUGUGGAUUAAGUGAUAAAAUUCUAGCCAUUGUAGGCAGUGCAGCCAAACUAGGCAUUGACGAAUGCCAAUAUCAAUUUCGACACAGUCGAUGGAAUUGUUCCACAUUUGAAGGAACUGAUAAUGUAUUCGGAGGUGUUCUUUCAGUUAAAAGUCGAGAGUCCGCAUACAUUUAUGCGGUAUCAGCUGCAAGUUUAGCAUUUGCAGUGACGCGAGCUUGCUCACGAGGUGAAUUAAAUGAAUGCAGUUGUGAUAAUAAAGUACGCCAUCAUCCACGCUCAAAACAACCGAAAAAUUGGAAAUGGGGUGGAUGUUCAGAAGAUAUCCAUUAUGGUGAACGAUUCAGUCGAGAUUUUGCUGAUUCACGUGAAGAUCCGGAAACGGCAGCAGGAUUAAUGAAUUUGCAUAAUAAUGAAGCUGGCAGACGUACUAUUCGUUCCCGAAUGCAACGUAUAUGUAAAUGCCAUGGAAUGUCUGGAUCAUGUAGUUUACGUGUAUGUUGGAGAAAAAUGCCAACAUUUCGGGUGGUAAGCGAAGCAUUAGCUGGCAGAUAUGAAGGUGCAUCACACGUAAAACUAGUAGAACGUCGACGUGGUAGAUUAAAAAAAUUACGUGCCAUUUCUCCGGAUUUAAAGAAACCAAAUAAAACAGAUUUAGUAUACUUAGACGAUUCCCCAGAUUAUUGUGAGAAAAAUGAAACCCUUGGUAUACCAGGAACGAAAGGAAGAAUUUGUAAUCGUACAAGUCCUGGUUUGGACGGUUGUCGCUUAUUGUGUUGCGGACGAGGAUAUCAAACACGCGUCCGUGAUGUUGAAGAGAAAUGUAAUUGUAAAUUUGUAUGGUGCUGUAAUGUAGUUUGCGAUAUGUGUCAGUAUCGAAAAGAGGAACAUGUUUGUAAUUAA